AUGUUCCCUGAGGACCGCUUCCAUCCGCUUGGGCCGGAUGCCGACCGUCUGCACGACGACCUAAUAGAGGCCACAGAGCUGGAGAGCACGCCUAAAACUUCCAGAGAGCUCGGAUCAGCACUCGUGUUGCACCAGUUCUUGCCAGCCUGGGACGUGCAAGCUUAUCUGCGUGUGGCAGGUAUUCAACUGCAUGUGCACAACUCCAAAUACCCGACGUACGAAGCCACAGGUGAACUGCCACAGCUCAGCGAUGGCAACUUUUUGUUGCCCAAGGAGGAGAUUAUAAUGCACUUACAGACGUUCCACAAGGACAUCGACGAGUUCUUAACCGACCAACAGCGCAGCGAGUCGUACGCGUACCGGUCAAUGCUGUCGGAGAAGCUGCAGCGCGUGAUGUUGUACUGUCGCUGGGUCGACUCGGCCACGUAUCGCGAGGUCACACGGCCGCACAUGAAGCGCCACAUCCCGUUCCCACUCAGCCUCUUCUUGCCCAAGAAGAUGCACCUGGACACAAUGGAGCAGCUACGUUUGUACGGCAUCUCGACAAAGGAACAGGCCUACGUUAUAGCUCGUGACUGCUACACAGCACUCAACGCGAAGCUCGAGAGCGCCGGCACGCCUUAUUUCUUUGGAGAUCAACCAAGUGCUCUGGACGUCGCGGUGUUCGGCCACAUUGUUGACGCUAUGGGCAACACGCAACUGGUGUCCACGGUGCAUCAGCAUGCGCCACUACUCAUUACGCUGGCGGAGCGAAUCCGUGACGCGUAUUUCGGUGCUCCUGGCGAGCAGCCCUCGAGUCUCAGUGAGGCGGCAAUGUACUCGGAGAACCAGCCCAAUUAUUUCACUACGUCUCUGGACAGCGCCUUCAUGAAGAAGGUGUCACCGCCGCUGCAAGUGGCUUUCCUUAAGCCUUACCGCAGUCUGGACUGGAGUCGUCGUGAGUUGGCGUCGGAGGUUGCCCAGAAAAAGCGUGCGAAGGAAGCUGAGGAGCGCACUCAAGACGAGGAGCACGAGGAGGUUUUUCAAAAGGGAUCUCGUAACGUUGUCAUCGGUGCCAUUGCAGCUCUGGUAUUGUAUGGUGUGGCCACACUGCCUAUUACUGUGGUCGAUGGUGACGAGUCUGACGAGGACGAGGACGAAUAUGACGAAGACGACGAAUAG